AAUUCUAUAACUGACCACGUCAAACUUUCGCAUUCUCAUCUACACGAACUUCAUUUCCCGGAGUAUUCAAAGUUGAGUUAAAAUAUGCGGCUAUCUUUCUUUGAUGGAAUUCAUGUUGCUUCGCCAAUCAAAGAGCUCCAUACAUCGGAACUCUUCCAGAAAGAAAUUUGCCCUGUGAAAAUAAAUCUUGCAAUAGAAGCUUAUCGCACGGAAGAUGGAGAGCCGUGGGUUUUGCCAGUGGUUCGAGAAAUCGAACUUAAAUUCCCUCACGAGCCUCAUCACAAUCAUGAGUACCUACCGAUUCUUGGACAUGAUGGAUUCUGCAAAUCAGCCACCGCUUUGCUACUCGGAAAUGAUUCUUUGGCUAUCAAAGAGGGAAGAUCAUUUAGUGUUCAGUGCAUCUCUGGUACAGGUGCCAUAUGUGUUGGAGCAGAGUUUCUUGCUCAAGUUCUUAGUAUGAAGACGAUUUAUGUCAGCAAUCCAUGCUGGGGAAACUACGAGCGUACAUUUCAAAAGAGUGGUUUCAAUUCAAUUAGGGAAUAUACGUACUGGGACUUGCAUAACAGAGAAAUUAACAUCACACAGUUACUUGACGACCUCCGCCAAGCUCCGGAAAGAUCAGCUGUUCUUCUUCAAGCCUGUGCUAUAAUCCAACAGGAAUGGACCCAACUCGAGAGCAAUGGAUACAAAUGGCGCAAGUCAUCAAACAGAAGAAUCUUUUCACUUUUUUUCAUAUUGCUGAUCAGGGAUUAGCUUCUGGCGACGCUGAUGCAGAUGCUUGGGCUGUUCGGUUCUUUGUCGAACAGGGUUUGGAAAUGAUUGUCUCUCAAUCUUUCUCAAAGAAUUUUGGGCUUUACAAUGAUCGUGUUGGAAGCCUUACUGUGAUCGUGAACAAACCAAGUCAUAUUGCGAACCUAAAAUCCCAACUGACACUUGUUAAUGUUUCUAAUUUUUCUAACCCUCCAGCUUACGGAGCACGUAUUGUGCAUGAGAUUCUCAAGUCGCCGAAGUACAGAGAACAAUGGCAAAAUUCCAUUAAAAUGAUGGCUUUUCGUAUUAAGAAAACAAGACAAGAACUGAUUCGAGAGUUGAAUAUGCUUCAAACUUCUGGAAAAUGGGAUCGUAUUACUCAACAAUCGGGGUUGUUCAGUUAUACCGGAUUGACGCCUUGUCAAGUCGACCAUCUCAUAGCCCAUCACAAGAUCUACCUUCUCAGUGACGGUCGUAUUAAUAUCUGCGGGCUUAACAUGAGUAACUUGGAUUAUGUGGCUAGAGCAAUUGAUGACACUGUACGAACAAUUCAUUAA